CUCGCCACAGUCCAUGCAUCUUAACUGAGAUAUUAACAGAAUUCACUCCUCUAACAUAAAUAAGGACAAGUAAGAGAAAGGAUGGAAGCCAGCAACAACAAAGCGGGAGAAAAAGCAGAAGACAAAGCUCACACUCUAAAUAUAAAUAUGACACCAGACACUGGUGCAGAGCCCACAGCAAAGGAUUCCCAGUCACCCUGCAAAGUCAUUGUCCAAGGUCAGCCUGCCACUUCUGCAGACAACAGAGAACACAACCCUAAUGUCCAACCUGACCCUGUCACAGAAAUAGAAAAUGCUAUUAAGCCAAAACUCCAGAUAACUUUUAGCACAUUUACUGUCAAGAAUGGUGGAGAUCUGAAAGUAGAGAUCCCAGUGGUUGGACACCCAGCACCAAAGAUUGAAUGGCAAAGAGAUGGGCAGGCUGUCAAAGAGACAUCAAGGCUAGAGGUUUCAAGUACAUCAUCAUUAACAGUUCUUCAUAUCAGACAUGGUGCCAGGGAGCACUCUGGUCAAUACUCUAUCACAGCAACCAACAGCACUGGAAAAUAUACAGGAGAAAUCACUGUGGUUGUUCUUGAAAAGCCAGACCCACCGACAGGGCCUGUGAGGAUUGAUGAGGUCAGCUCUGACUAUGUUACCAUCUCCUGGGAGCCACCAGAAUACACAGGAGGCUGUGAGCUCGACAACUACAUAGUGGAAAAACGGGAAACUACAAGCACAGAAUGGCAGACUGUGUCAGCAACAACAGUAAGAACCACAAUCAAAGCCACCAAAUUGAAGACAGGAAGUGAAUACCAGUUCAGAGUGUUUGCAGAAAAUAGGUAUGGAAAGAGUACUGCAAUCACCUCUCCUAUUGUAACUGCACAAUAUCCUUUCAGCGUGCCCAGUGCUCCUGGCGCACCCUUUACAUCCACUGUGACAAAGUACAGCAUGGUAGUUGAAUGGGAGCCGCCAGCCAAAGAUGGAGGCAGCCCCAUCAUCGGCUAUCACAUUGAACGCAAAGAGAAAAACAGCAUUUUAUGGACCAAACUGAACAAAUUUGUUAUACCUGAUGCUCGCUUCAAAACAAGUGGACUGGAGGAAGGUAUUGAGUAUGAAUUCAGAGUCUUUGCUGAGAAUAUUGCUGGACUCAGCCCAUCUAGCAAGACAUCUGAAAGCUAUGUGGCAAGAGACCCCUGUGAUCCACCUGGUAAACCUGAAACUGUUGUCAUUACUCGAGAAAAUGUCACACUUCAGUGGGCCAAGCCAAGGUAUGAUGGUGGAAGUACCAUUACAGGCUACGUUGUUGAAAAGAGGGAGCUCCCAGAUGGCAGAUGGAUGAAGGCAAACUUCACCAAUGUUAUCGAGAAUCAGUUCACAGUCACAGGUCUGACAGGAGGCCAAAGUUAUGAAUUCAGAAUAACUGCUAAAAAUGGUGCUGGUGUUUGGAGCACACCUUCAGAAAGUGUAACCAUCAUCGCUCAGGAUGUUAUUGAAGGACCCACAGCAUUCAUUGAUCCAAAGUUCAAGAGUACCGUAGUUGUUCAGGCCGGUGAGACGUUCAUUAUUGAUGCCGAUUACUUUGGGAAGCCCCUUCCUGUAGUAACGUGGAUGAAGGAUGGAAAAGAAAUUGACAAAGUUACACCAAGAAUGGAGGUCAAAACUACCCUCACUCAUACAACUCUGACCGUCAGGGACUGUACACGAGUGGAUGGGGGACACUUUGUCUUGACCCUCAGUAACACUGGUGGCACUACAUCUAUCCCAGUUAAUGUGAAGGUCCUGGAUAGACCUGGGCCUCCAGAUGGACUGCUGAAGGUGAAAGUUGUCACUGCAGAGAAGUGUAAUCUUCACUGGAACCCCCCUGUAAAUGAUGGCGGUGCCAGUGUUUCCCACUACAUUAUUGAAAAAAGGGAGUCCAGCCGUGUUACAUGGACAGGGGUGGAGCCUCACGUUGAAGCUAUCAGUUACAAAGUGACAAAACUGGUGCCUGGUAAAGAAUACAUAUUCAGAAUUGCCGCAGUUAACAAAUUUGGUGUUGGUGAAUUUCUGGAAUCAGACCCCUUCAUUGCACAAAACCCUUUUACAACGCCUAGUGCACCCUCUACCCCCACAGCCAGCACCGUGACUGGCGACUCUAUAGUGCUGACAUGGGAAAGGCCUGAGACUGAUGGAGGCUCAGAGAUUGAUGGCUACAUCCUGGAGAAACGAGACAAAGAGGGUGUCAGGUGGACGAAGUGUAACAAGAGAAGACUAAAUGACUUGCGUUUCCGAUGCACGGGUCUCGCUGAGGGACAUUACUAUCAGUUUAGAGUACUGGCAGAGAAUGCUGCUGGUGUGGGUGCACCAAGUGAGCCAACCCAUCUAUGA